AUGUGUGAAAUCACGGCCUACCAGCAGGAGGCUCCCAUGACCAGAGGAAACAUGACAGGUUGUCAGCCUUGCCAGACACCAAUGCACCUGGGCAUAGACAGAGUCAUCACGGUUGCUGCAGCUUGUGAUGGACCUGAAUGCAACAGAACACAAGACUCCGUGGAACCUCAGCACGCUGAAUAUUUGAAACAAUUCACUGAGAGGAACUCGCCAGACGAAAACGCAAAACAUCGGGAUGCAGGAUCAGUUCUUCCCUUUGUCGGCCUCACAGGAAGCUCCAAACAAAGUCGGGACUGUUGUAAAAACGGUGGGACCUGCAUCUUGGGGAGCUUUUGCGCAUGUCCUCCGUACUUUACCGGACGGAGUUGUGAAUACGACAAAAGAAUCAGGACCUGUGGCAUGAUUCCUCAAGGGGAGUGGGUUAAGAAGGGCUGUUCAUACUGCAGGUGUGGAUAUGGAAUCCUGCACUGCUUCCACGAUGUCUUCCAUGACGACUGUGAUGACACCCAGGAAGUCCAGUGGGGUCGCUCGUCUGGUGUCAGAAUGCGGCAGACAGUGUACUUACAGUGCAUUGCACUACUUUUGGCUUUUUUUGUUUGA